GUAACAACUUUUCAUUCACCUACAGUUUGACUGAAUCAACUCUUGCGUCAUAUUUCCGCGCCGCGUGCGAUGCAACUGUGGAGGACAUCGAGCAUGGGACGCCUUGGCGGUUUAUUUCUUCUUAUCGCCCCUCUAACCUGCUAUUAUAUUUGGGGUGCUGCAGGUCACUCUCUGCCCGCCUGCCACGAGCAGCAGGAGUUCAGGUGUCGCGAUGGCUCGUGCAUCCCGAGACUUAGUGUGUGUGACGGACACACAGACUGUGAGGACGGAUCAGAUGAAGUCCGCUGUGGCCACCUGUGGUGUAAGAAAGAUGAGUUUACCUGCCGCAGCAGACGGUGCAUAUCUCUGCAUUAUCUUUGCGAUGGCGUGGACAACUGUGGCGACGGGAGUGAUGAGGCUUCCUGCCAGAACUGCACCACCGCUGGCUUCUUCUCCUGCGGGCCGUCCGACACCUUUCUGCCCAGAAACAAGCUGUGUGAUGGCCGAAAUGACUGCAGAGACGGACGGGACGAGUCUCAGGAGUUGUGUGGUUUGUCUCGGCCACGCCCGCAGGAUUCUCCCACAUGUGCAGCUUCUGAGUUUCAGUGUGGAGACGGGCAGUGCAUCCGUCAGACCUGGAGGUGUGACUACUCACCAGACUGCUCUGAUGGCAGCGAUGAGGACAACUGUGAUCAGGACGAGUGUCAGGUCAAUAAUGGAGGCUGCUCUCAUCUGUGUGUGGACCAGCCGAUGGGUUUCUACUGCGACUGCCCCGACAACAUGAGGCUGGUCAGAGACAGCCAGUGUGAGGAGAUCGACACGUGCCUGGAGAGCGAUGUGUGUGAUCAGCUGUGUGUUGAUAUGAACGGCAGCCUCGCCUGCGACUGCCACGAGGACUACCAGAUGAAUCCAACAACCAGAGAAUGCAAGGCCAAAGGGGAUGAGGCUCAGUUGGUUUUCACCUCUUCUAAAGGAAUGCAAUGGAUAAGCAUCACUGGUACUGAUUACAGGGAACCAGCUCCACAUUUACCAGGACCAGGGCCAGUGGCGGCUUCGGCCUCUAACCGAAAGCUGUACUGGGCCCGGCGAGGACGAGGCUCCGUAUACAGGGUCUCCAUGGAUGGAAAGCCGCAGGAUCCGGUGUUGGUGCUGAAAGUUCAAGGUUCAGUGUCAGGCCUGGCUGUGGACUGGAUCCACCAGCUCCUCUACUGGACCAGUAUGGAGAGCGGUUCUGUUAAUGUUGGCCUACUGGACGGUUCAGCUCAGCGUCGGCUUAUCACAGGACUGGACAAACCUUCAGCAGUGGCAGUGGAUCCUCUCCAAGGGCUGCUCUUCUGGGCUCAGUGUGGCAGCUCUUCAAAGAUUGAGAGGGCUAGCUUGGACGGCCGGGACAGGAUGGCUCUGGUCACUUCCUCAAUACGCCACCCUGUCGCUCUCUCUCUGGAUAUGCCUCGCCAGCUGCUGUACUGGGUUGACCAGGGAAUGAGAAGCAUCUCCAGAGUAGAUCUAGAGGGUCGUCACCGUAAAACAGUGGUAGAGUCUAACGGUUAUCUGGACCGGCCCUUCGGACUGGCUGUGUUUGAGGGUUUUGUAUAUUGGAGUGAAGAAGUGACGCGCUCCAUCUGCAGAGCCAACAAACACAACGGCAGCAACCUCCAAGUACUGCUGUCAAACGCAACCUCACCAGGUGGAGUGGUCAUCAUUCAGCCUGUUCUUCAACCAAACGGGCCAUCUGUAUGCGGACAUACUAGGACGGUGUGCCGGCACGAGGGCGUUGUAGACCUGCUGUCUGAGAGUCCGGAGUUCAGCUGCACUCCUCUAGAAACGGGACAAAACAAAUCCCAAGAAAUUCCUGCCAUUUCUCGAUCAGUUCCUGCAUCAACUUUAUCUGGUCCUACAUUUGCUGGAAUUCUCUCUCUCAGCUUGUUUCUCAGUGUGCUGUUGGUGGGAAUGGCUCUGUGGUGGUGGAGAGAGGAGUUCAGGCCAUCCAGGUCUCUCACUGAGCAGAGCUUCUCCCUCAAAGAGUCCCAGGACCCGCUCAUCAUCCAGGAGCCACCCGUGGGUCCAGACACAUAUCUCGUCAAGGCAAAAGAAGAAACUCUGCUUAAGCUGGACUUAGACAGUGAAUGAAGAAGGUGUGACACAGAUAGUCAGCUGACUGGGCUUCACCUGGUGCCGUCUCAACCCCCGCAGUGACCUCAGGGCUGACAGGACGACAAGACAACAAACCCAGCUGGUCACUCUGUCGCGUCCCAGUUCCCUCUGGAGGUUAAAAUCAAUCAAGAAAUUACUCAGUGGGUUCAUCUGAGUUCAGAUGGGGAAAAGGCUUUCAAACACUCACUUCUGUUGUUCUGCUUUUCUUUUUCUUCUGACACUAAACAAAAUUUUGGGUUUUAGACUGCGGAACAAAACAGGCAAUUGUGAGACUGCAUUUUUCAGACCAGAUUGUGUUGCAGUCCUAAAUGUAAAAUUUUUUUAUUAUUAUUAUUAUUGCACUUUCUCUCUCAAUUUUUUUAAUGUUUAUUUCAUCUUGUUGCAAUUCCCAAAACUUUUUCAGUAUUAUGGAUGGUUUUUACUUUCCAACAUCUAACAGGGAUAUCAUGUUUUUUUUCUUACGAAAAACUGGCGUUCCAUUGGUUUGUUCUUGGCCUUCAGGAUUUUCACACUCUUGGUUUGUAUGAGACUGUGGUCAGAGAGAUGCAUUAUUGCAUUGUGAAUGUAUGCUUCCCUUUGCUCCAUGAAUUGGAUUAUGUACUGAAGGAAAAAUGGAGAGUGUCUGCACACUGGAUUAAAGCAAUAGUUUAUUUAGGGAAAUAAACUUAAGUCCUUUCUUGCCAAGAGAUGAGAAGAUUGAUACCGCUCUCAUAUAGAUACAGUAAAUAUGAAGCCUGGAGUCUCUGCUGGUUGCCUGGCAACCUCGCAGUGAAGACCAGACUGCAGGAAGUCACUGCUUCCAGCCAAAAAAUAAGACGGAAAUAAGAAGACCACAACAUUUCAUUUUUUACACUUCGGUUUUUGUACCGAUUAAACAAGAUAAAACAUGUUAAUUACUGAGCUUUAGAGAUGCUGGUAGGUGAAAUCUAUUACCUUUGGACAGAGCCAGGCUAGCUGUUUCCCCAUUUUCUAGUCUUUAUGUUAAGCUAAGCUGACCAGCUGCUAGCUCCUGUUUCAUAUUUAUUGUACAGAUAUGAAAGUGAUAUCGAUCUUCUUGUCUUACUCUCUUUUUUAGACCAGUUAAGUUUUGGGAGCUUUAAUCCAGCAUGCAGUUAUUCUCUGUUUUUCCUUCAUUGACUCUCUUAUCCUGUACCUUACCUACAGUAAAUAUAGGACAGGAUGUGCACACAACUACCUGUUACUUGUAUUAUCUAAAGUUCAAAAGCUGGCUGUGAUAAAUUAUGCAGCAUUGAUUGUGUCUUUUUGCAAUCUAAAAGUUCAUUUGAAGUGGCCUUUUAAAGUUUAAUCAAUAGAUCAAAGCAAAGUUUGUUGUAAGAAAUGAUCUGGUAGUGAACCUUAAUUCUCAGUAAAUCUUUGUACUGCGGUAUUUGAUGUUAUAGGAAUAGUAAUACUUUUUUGAAAUUUGCUUGUCUUUCUUGCCAAGAAUUAGAUGAGAAGAUCGAUACCACUUUCAUGUCUGUAAAAUAAAUAAAUGAAGCCUCAGCCAGUUAGCUUAGCUUAGCACAACUGCUGGAAACAGGGGAAACAGCAAGCUUGCCUCUGUCCAACGGUAACUUUGUCCGGCACAUAGCUCCCAGUGGAACCGGACCAGUCAUUUUUACACUUUGGUUUUCGUACAGAUUAAACAAAUGCGAUACAAUGUUUUUGUUUAUUAGUGAGCUUUAGAGGCAGUGCUGGUAGGCAGGUUUUGGACAGAGCCAAGCUAGCUGUUUCCCCCUGUUUCCAGUCUUUAUGCUAAGCUAAGCUAACUGGCAGUGGUACCGAUCUUCUUGUUUAACUGUAAGAAAGCGUAUUUCCCAAAAUGUCAAACUAUUACAAAUAUCUGUAUGAGUACUAAUGCUUGAAAAAAAUUGCUUGUCCAAUGGCAAUAAUAUUGUAAUGUAGUUAGUGAUUAAAGUGUCAGUGAAGAGGAAAAGAGGAUUUCUUUACUUACAGGUUUGGUGUUUUGAUUGUUUCUGAGCACUGGUGCUACACUGGAAACAAAAGUUUUUGUUUUGUUAAAUGUGUCGUGGAGGUUUGGUUUUGCUCUUGUGCACAGAGCCUGGUUAGUGUUGGAGUGAAUGUUUUGUUGAUGGACCUGCCUUGUUUGAAUUUAGUCUUUCUGUGUUGUUUUUGUGAUAGUCUCAAAGAUCAUACAUCUGUUGGACAGAUAAAAAUCCAUCAGCACUAAUUGAGAGAUAAUUCUGUAAGUGUGCUCAGACUGCUGAGUUGUGUGGUUGGUAUUUAUUUUUAAGGAAGGGUUUUAUUUAUUUUUGGGCAGCAUUGCAGUCGUACUGAAUUUGCACCAUGGAUAAAACUGUUCUGUAAAUAAAUCAAAUAAAGAAUUUAAUGUUUUUUCCUAUA